AUGUUGCGAAUUUUGUAGGUUUCAGUGUGUGUUUUAUGCGGGGAACUCGAUUGAAAAGGUCAUUUGAAGGUACUUGACUAUUUUAAGAUGUUACUUCUCUUUUUUUUUUGGAUAAAUUAUGCAGAAAAUUCCGUAAUUAUCAUUUUCUUAUCCUUUUUAGCGGUAGAUCAAAGUUACGAUCUCUGGCCUUGUUUUUUUCUACGGUUUCGGGAAAAUUUCGUUUUUUUUAGCCAAGAAAAAUGUUACUAAAUUUUUAGAACUCGUUCAAAAGAUCAUUCAAAUCAAUUUUCCUUGAGUAAAAUUUCAACUUCGUUUGACUAUCAUUUUUAACUUCUAUUCGGAAAUUUUAACUUUCUAUAAAUUCUCUCCAGCUUUUCAUAUUUUUUCAAUUUUAAAUAACUUGGAAAUAAUCAAGAUCCCCUUCCCCUUAUCAGCUGAUUAACUUCUCGAUGCGGACCUUUUUUUGCCUGUCUGUUGAUGAUUUUCACUUUCUGUUGGUGUUUCGGUGGGGUUCCGCCACAGGAAGUCGGCUAUUCUUUGAACUUUCUAUUGUUUUCUUUUUUCAAAAGAUUUUUCCAUUUUUCCCUUCUUUCUAGCGAUAUGUUGCUUAAAAAAAUUUUAUUUUCAGCAGAAUAUUUAAAUAAUCUUUCUCAUUUGAUUGAGUUUUGCUUGGGAAUUUUGAAUAUCAGACUGAAAAGAAAGAACUUUUCAGUCUCGCCCAACUCCCGCAAGCCGUCAGCCAUGACUACAAACGAAUGGCCAACAUGAUCUCUUCUACAAUCCAAAGUCGCGUGGCGAAAAUCGUCUUCCGUCGACCUCCGCAGUUUCCGAACGCCGUCGCGCAACUCAUGGAAAACGGCGACCUUCGCAUCAAACUGUCCAAUGGUUUUCAGGGGAUUUUAUCAAGGAAAAUAUCUCUAUUUUAGCUGUAAUUGUUCGGAACGUCAAGUCGGGCGAAGUGGUGAACAUUUUAGAUGGACAGGCGAGCCGGAAAGAACCUGUCACUGGUUUUUAGUUGGUUCGAGUGAAAAAAAAAUUGGAAUUCUUCAGGACCAACACUGAGGAAAGUCGGGGAGGUCUACGAGUACCUGUAUCGCUUGGAACAGUGUUUGAGUGGCAUGGGGGAUCUGAAAUGCUUCCCGCACGUCUUUUCGGUUUUGACCCCGUAAGUUUUAGCGGGUGUGACGUCAAGAAUGAGAUCUUCCUUAUAAAAUUUGGAAUAAUGGAUGAAAUUGCUGUUUUAUUCAAUCUAUGGCUUUUUUUAAAUUUCGGACCUACUUUCGUCGUUAUAUCGUUCGCCAUGAUUUGAAAGUUUUGUCUGCGUCUCUCUGUUCCCUCACCGGUCCGAAAAAUAGCACGUCAACGAGGAGGGCCCAGAGAAAAACAGAGUUCACUAGAAGUGAAAUAGUUCUUUUGCCUAUUUCAACACUGUAGCUUUGCAUCGCCCCAGGAAGACUGGAUUUGCGAUAUCGCGUACAAGAAGCUUCAAUUUCAGUGAAGCCGCUCUUCAAGCGACGCCAGUCUCGGUGGCGCCUACAGCGUCAGCGACAUCGCGAGGUUCCCUCCAACGUCGUCCUUUCAACGCCGUUAAUUCCUCAUCCCAAUCGUCGUUUGUACGUUAUUUACUCCGCGAACGCGCCUUCAACUGUUUUUUUUUCCUUCCCCGUCCCCCUUCGGAGGCUUUGUUGAUGAGUCGGAGGAUAGUGUGAGAAUGAGACCUCCAUUCCCUUCGUUGUCGAGUUUCGAAAAGAAGAGAAAAAAAGAGUUGCAGAUGCCGCGAUCGGCCCCCGGCGCCUUCGAACGCCAAUUCUCCACGGCAACUGUCGCCUCGGCGGCUGAACAGGCCGAUGAGAACGCCGUGCCGUUCAAGUUCAAAUUGGUAUGGGAACGGAGAGUUUAUGAGGAGAUUAUGGCCCUUUUUGGAAGGAGGACUGGAUAGCUUGUUUCGAUGAGAAUCUCCCUUGUUGAAUAUGAUGUGGAUAUUAUAUGUGAGAACUGAGGAACGUUAUAGUGGUCACUAUAGGGCUCAGCUUGAGAUCACCUCAGUUACUUUUGCCUUUAAGAUUUGAUCUCAUCGGAAUUUUAUUGAUUUUUGGGAAAUUUUUUGGGAACGAAUUACUCCUGUGUUGAACUUAAGGUCACUUCAGGGACUACUUCAAGUUUUGUCAGAUGAUAACUUAGGGUAGAAACUGAGAUUCCUCUGAAGAACCACUUUGAAAACACUGAGUGGCCGCUUAAAGAGUUUUCUGAAGGAAACAUUUAAAAUUCGAAGAGUCAUGAUGAUAUUACCAUUUUAGAAAAAACAGGAAUGAAUAGUUUGUUUCGAUGAUAGUCUCCCUUUUUGGAUUUGAUGUGGGUAUGAUAUGUGAGAGCAUAUGUUUUUUACAACUGGUCACUCUAGGGUUGAUUUUAAGAUAACUAAUUCCUGAAGUUAACAUUAUUAUCUUGUUAAUUACGUUUUUUUCAUUUUGAUGGAAUUGAACUAGUUUUUUUUUUUUUAGAAACUUUCAAUAGUUGAAAGUCCCUAAAGAAACCACUUCAACUUGAAGUUUAAGAACUUUAUAAAGAUGAGCCUUUUUUUCGAUCUUAAAAGAAAAAAAGAAUAACUUGAUAUCAUUUUUGAUACUUUGGCGAAAACUGGAGUGGUAACUUUAGUGUAUGUGUUGUUGAAUUUAUUACCACGAAUGCGUUUUCAUCCCUAAAGUUGUCACUUACAAAACGGUUUGCCUAAUUUUUACUCAAGAUGAUUCAACUUGAGUGUCCUUAGGAUAUCAAACAAGAUAUUUAUUUAGCUCCUUAUUAUGUUCAAAACAGGGUGCUCAGAAACAAUUUCAUCAAAGAAUGAUUUUUUUCUUUCUGAACUGUCCUGGUUUCAGGACAAAAACAAUCGGACGAUUGCGAUAAUUUGGAACGAUGGUCGAAAGUUGCGGCAGUCGACGAUGAACGAGAGAGAGUUUAUCUUUUCGGAUGCCGUUCGAAGGAAAGAAAUUAGGUACUGGGGUGCCAAAUUGAAUUUGUUACGGUAGAUACUCGCUCUCUUAAGUAAAUCAUUAGUGUUCUCAUCUUUAUAAGUUUUUUUUUCAACUGGAGGGUCCUUUAAACAGGUGAGCAAAAGGGGCUCACAAAGAAGAUCAUUUCAGUUUCGAAAACUCUCUAUCCCUAACCGUCAUCGAAACACCAAUUGUUGAAAAGAUGAUUUAUCAAUGUUGCAAGCUGAUAUUUUCAGACCUCAUUUCAUGUUAAAAGCUAGGCAAAAAAUCAUAUCUUCGAAAAAAAAAAAAUGCGCACAAUUUUCAUUUGCACCUUUACAGAGUGUUUGAGAACUUUUUUAUAGAACUCUAAAUUUAGUAUUAAAUUCAUCGCCUUGUAAGAAAGUCUCUAAAAAAAAUGGACUAAAUACAGACAUUUUUGAGAAAGAACUGGAAAAAUUUUUAGUGGCCACUUAAGGGUUUAAAAGUUAGUGGCCACUAUUGAGGUCUAAGUGCUACUACUAGACCACUAAAAAUUUUAGUGACCACUUUAGGGGUCAAUGGAUCAACAUAACUGGUCCAAUCUGUUUUGUUUUAAAAUUAUCAGAGUUACUGGAAAUAAUACUGGGUGAAAAACUAGUGAAGUGAUCACUAAAAAGAGAACCUCUAUAGUGGCCACUAGGACGGAAAGUAGUGGCCACUAUAGAGGUGGGUUUAGUGGUCACUUUAGUGCUCUCUCCUAGUAGUCCUUGGCGAGCCUCUAUAGUGGCCACUAAAAACUUUCCCAGAAGGUCGGAAAAAUCUCUCAGAAGAUUUGGACUCAAAAAAAAUGUUUUGUUCAUUUUGGGAUCUUCGAAAGACCUUGGAAAGGUUUUUUGACUUUCAAAAAAAUUAUCACUACAUAAAAUAGCUAGUAUUUUCAUUAUUGCAAUUACAGAUUUGAAAGAAUUUUACUACAGUAAAAGUUGUUUCAUUUUUGGAUUUAUAGGUUCAAUACGGCUCGCGACAAUAUUCCGGACACGGCGCGACAACUGUUAGACGUGUUGACGCCCGAACUCAGCCCGCUUGUCUAGAAGAACAGAGAGAUUCUAUCAGAUAUUGCCCUCUCCUCGCGUUUUUCUUGCUCACCCUGCUCCUCUCCUCCUACCUCAUACGGAUAAUAAUAUUAACACAUUCCAUACGCGCUCCCCCCACUUCCUCACCAAAUGUCCCUCUGUCAUUCCGUUUGCCGUUUGUAUAAACUCAUUUUCAACCUUUUUACUCGAUUUUCCCUGUUUUUUAGAAGGUUUCACCUUGUAAUCUCUUCUUUUAUAGUUCAUAUAUUGUUUAUUUUAUUCGCAAUGGUUUAGAAAGUUCUUUAGAACUCCAGAGUGGUCCCUAUAGGGAUAAAGACAAAAAAGGCCCCUACAGGUCACCUAAAAGUUUUCCUUGUAGAGGUAAAGUUUAUGUGGUUUUGAUAUGGUUUUAGGGUCUGAACCAUAAAGUCCAACUGGUCCCUCUAGGGGUCUCAAAGUGCUCCCUAGAGAGACGAAGUUUAGGUGGUACCGAUAGGGGUUUAGGGUAUGACCCAAAAAAUUUAAGUGGUCCCUCUAGGGCUUUAAAAGUUGUCCCUUUAGAGGUUUAGGGUCUGAUCCCUGUGCCUCUUAAUCUGAAGUGGUCCCUAUAGGGAUCUUAUUCCGUGUAUUUUCUUCACUGAUUCCGUGUAUUUUCUUCACUCGAAGUGGUAGCUCUCUCAGUCGGCCGAGGCUACCCUAGAGUGUACACGGCGUCCGUGCCCGAGCCCCACCAUCACCGCCGUGCCCGUACAAGCGAAAAUGAGGGAUCUCUUUGUGGAAGAACGAGGCGAAGGACCGUAAGACCAUGCUUUCAAAUCAUUCGACUACACGUUUUGACUUCUUUUUCGCCAAAGGCGGUGUUAGUGCCGCUCAAAAGAGCAAUUUUUUCACCGCCUAGUCGAUACCAUCUGACUAAAACAACCAAUAAAUAUUGUAUUGUAUUAUGGCUUUUUUGUACAGAUUCAAAAACUAAAAAGAAGAAGGUUUAAUAAAAAUUGAUAAUAAGUUCCCUGUUGAUAUUUUUCAUUACAAAAAAAACCAAUUUAUAAAGUUUUUUUCAUUGAAGUUCUUCCUCCAUAGGUUCAUAAAAAAAGAAAUGAAAGCUUGCUUCCCUAUAGAGGCCACUUUUGCAAGCUUUACUCGCCCCUAUGAGGCGAGGAAAAGUGUUCCCUAAAAGGGAACCUUAAGGGGCUUCUAGGAGUGACCCUAUAGGGACCUCUCUGGCGCUCCUAAGUUUGUUGGAGUCGCAAAAACCAAUUUUUUUAAUAGUUCAAGCACCGCGAGCUUUAGAAUUUUUCAAAUCGGGGUUUCUAUAUGAUUUACAAAACGCGGUAAAUGUAGUGUGUAUUGAAGCUGAAAAUCGCUCUUAAUUUUAAUUUUUCAGAUGGUUUAUGGAAGGAAAGAAGAAUGGAGUAAUCUUGAGCGAUUGGCGCUUCUCAAUACGUAUUUCGCUGAGGUUGAUUGGUAAGUUUUAGAUGUUCAAAUUUGAAUUUUUUGUAUUGUUUCAUUCAUGUUAGGCUUUGAAAAUGAAGAGGAAUUUUCAAUAGGUGGGAAAACCCAAGGAAGAAACUUGAAUUUAUUAAAAAGGAAGAUAUUUAGUUUGGUUAUUUAAUGUGCCUUCUCAUUUUUUAUGGUAUCGAUUACCAGUAUUUCUAGAAAGAAAGGAAAGAGUUUUAUUGUGUACCCUACGGUUUAGAUGUGUUGUUGAUAUCACUUUGUCAUAAUUAAUUGAGGAUUAAUUGAGCUUUUUUUCUUGUUCUUACAAGUUUCAGACUGCUUUAAUGGAAAUUUCUACCAAACUUUUUUAUAUAGCAUUUCUGAAACUUAUUUUUUUACAAAGUAUUUCAUGAUUAUAAUUUUUCCUUUUUAAAGGCGGACAGUUAAUAUCAAGGAAAUUGUCUGGAAGUAAAGUAGAUAUAAAAAAAUGGAAUGAGAAAAAGCAGAAAAAUUUGAGAUGAUGGGUUAUAUUCGAAAAAAAGCGAUAUUCGAAAAAAAAAAUUGGAAGAUAUUUUUGAGUAUUCUCCUUCUAAUAAAAGAAAAGUGUGAGGUUAAUAUUGCAAGUAUUUCUGAGAAUGAGGGCUUGAAAACUGAAAAAAUAAUCUUAUAACUAACUAAGUGAGCGCUUUAGUUUACUGAGGAACAGCCUUUUGAAAAUGAAUGCAAAACUCUAAAAAAACUGAUAUUUUUUCGGAUUUCUGUUUCUCUUGAAUAACUGCUGUAACUCACAACAUCAUAAGAAACGGGAGAAAUAAACGUUUUUCUCGAAAAAUCUGCAAAAAAUAAGUUUUUAAAACUUUUCGUAAACUCUGGCGGGCUGUUUCUCAGUGCCCUAACACGAGAAGUCCUUUUACUUUGCGGUUUGAAAUUUUUACAAAUUUUCUCUAACAUUCUCUGAAUGGGUAUGAUGAUCUCUCAAAUUAGCUACCGGCGUAAACUUCUAGUUUUUAAGAUAAUCAGUUUUUAAGGUUGAAAAGUUAGGCCCAAAAUCCAUUUGUCGCAACUUUGAUGAAUCAUAUCUCAAAAACUAGAAGUUUGCACAGCUAGCGACUAUGAGGGAUCUUCAAUGAGUAUUUGAGUAAAUUUGUAGAAAAUUCCAAACCGCAACGUAUAAUUUUAUGAGUACUCAUAAUCUUGGAUUUGUCUACCAUAGACUUUUGGAUCAGCUAUCGAAAACUCCGUUGUAAAGAUCAGUUUUCAAGGGAACGGAGAGCAGCAGCGAUGGCCAAGAAAUACGCGGCGAAGAGAUCGGCUGGAUUCUUUUCACCCAAGGUCCGAUAUUCAUCCAAUAAGCAUCAAUCUAAUUGAUUGUCGGUUCAGAACUGUCACCUGGAGUUUGACCGGAUCCUUUCCACGCCUUACCCCGGUCACGAACCUUCAACUUCUGGACAAUUUUCCUACAGUCAUAAGGUGAGAGGAGAGAAGUUCUAGACGAAGAAGUCGAAGAGUUCAAGUUUUUUUCUUUCUUUAGCUUUUAAAGAUUCUUUGUGAAGUUUUCGGCGGAAUGAAAAUAUAUCAAUCAAUCAGUCUAAAAAGAAAUUUUAAACCAAUUUUGUUGAAAAUCAGAAGUAAACGAUUGUGCCAUUUGAAUCUAGCGAUCAUUAGGAAAAAACAGGUUUUUUAACAUCUUCAAAUAAAAAGAGAUUUUUUUUUUCUAAGGUUCCUCAAUGACGCUUUCAAAGGUUAGAUAGUAAAGAAGUCAAUGUACUUUUCGUCGAUUGUUUUAAAAAAAAUAUUUCUGGUUUUUUAAGAUCUUCUAUCACGGGUAUGCAAGAUCUGAGGUAUAGCCCGUUUUUCUAAAACCUAAAUGGGUGGGACUUCUCUGCGCCCUCCUCUUCACUCGGCGACCCUCUGAUUUUAAAGUGCUAUUUCCAUGUUUCUCUGCCCUCGUCGGUGAGGGAACAGAGAGACGCAGACAUGCAAAAACUUUCAAGUCGCGGCGGACGAACUAUAUAAGAUGAUUUUUCCAGGUGAUCAUCGACGGCUGGAGAACGCACUACCGGAAGGUCAUCGACGAGGAAAUCGACCGGAAAAACGAGGAGGCGAUGAUCGAAGUCCGGCGGCUGACGGCCAUCAUCGAAAGAAUCAUGAACAAUCAGAUGAGCGUCCCAGAGAUGGAGCAGAUGCUCGCCGAGUUGAAGCUCGAAGAUGCCGAGGUUUUCUUUUGAAAGUCUCGUUACUUUUUUAAAGUGAGGAAACCACAGUAUACAGGACUUUUCUGCGCGCAUCGCUCCAAGACCUGCGCGUUUUGCGCUAAUACCUGCAAACUACUGGUAAAAGCUAAAGUGGGACUCUAUAGGGCGAAAAUGGAGAUAUACUAAAGGAGUUUUGCCCUAAAUGGCCAUUUAGGGCAAACUAAGGGAAGUUUGCAGAAAGUAGCAAGGGAAAAGAGAAUUUUCGUUUUUUGAGAUUUUUAACCUUUUCAACGCAUGUAAAAUUGAAUUUCUACAAACGACAAAGGUAUUUGAAAGGGCCUCCAAAUUUUUCCCUUUACGGCCCACUUCAGCUUUUCCCAGUAAAGAUAUAACACCCCGGGGCGAUUUGAACACCUUGUUUUCCCUGACACGCAAAGUUUAAAAUGAGUUGAAACGGAGGAUAUGAGUGAAAAAAUAGAAGGAAAGUAGCUCUAUUGACAAUGUGAGGCGCCUCUUCUAAUCAGCAGUCCUAUUAUACGGCAUUUUGGCCAGAAAAAAAACCUAGACAAGUGGAAUAGGCUAUAGGGAUGUGCUCAGUGGACGCGGUAUGCAGAGCCGGUUUUUCAAAUACUCAAAUCGCAUUUUCCUGUUUUGAAACGCUGUGAUUGGUUUGGAACCUUUUCGGAUUCCAGAAAAGCAAGGAUCCACAAUGGUGCCGUGUCGUCAGCGCCUACUACAACCGGAUGAAUGAGGUCUUCCGGCUGAGGGAUCAAGUAAGGGAUUUGUUUUGAUUUUAACGAUGCCUUUAGUUUUACACUGAGAUCGUUACUUUUGGAGAAAGUUUAAAAUAUUUGCUCCUAUAGUUCCUUUUUUGCGACUUCUCUGUGCCCAUCUCGUCUCUCGACGAUCCCCCUUAUGUUUAUGUGCUAUCUUCAUGUUUCUCUGACCUGGCCGGCGAGGGAACAGGGAGACGCAAACACGCUGACGGAAUAUAUGACGCUUCAAAGUUCAUAAAUUGUAGAAAAGAGCAUGCAGAAUUUGAAUUGUAGAAAAGAGGAAUGCAAAAUUAGAAAAACAUGAAAAACUGAACAGGAGAAAGUUGGUUCCGUAGGAGCCCAAAAACGAAAAAAAUAUUUUUUUUUUUUGAAGUGUUUACCUCAUUUGCCACGACUCGAAUGUUUGAGUUGACCGGCUAAAAAACAAAAAAAGAGCUUAAUGUGAUUUUUUCAGCAAGGUACGUCAGCCCAACCAAUGAAAGCGCCCGAGUUGCCGCCGACGAAAAUCUUGGAAACGGCGCCGAUCGGUGCGUCGACAGCCUUCCGCUCGCCGUCGCCGUCUGCACCGUUCGCGACUUCUUCUUGAUGUUUCGACUCAUCCGGCUCUUUUCCAGAGCUUCUCCGAUUCGCUCGCCGGUGCACUCGCCGAUUCGUCGCGUGUCGGACGCUCUGCGCGACGCGGUUCCCUUGGUCGUCGAGUCGCCGAAAUCGAUGUCGCCUCGAAAAGAGCCGCCGGUUCAGGAGGAGAAGACUCCCGCCGUCGCCGUGAAGGCCGCAAAAAAUGUACUUUUUCUCUUUAGUUUUAUGGGAGUUUUAUAGAAAGAAGACUUCUGAAGGGCUAGAAAAAAGGAAAAGUCAAUAAGUAUAGUUAAAAAACGGGUUUCUUCAAGCCACAUGAAAAGGUAAAGUUCUAGUUCUAGUGAAAAUUCCGCUCAAUGAAACUUAAAAUCGAAGGUAUUUUUAAAAUUAGGACGUUAGGGUUUAGAAAAAUAAUGAAUAAGGCUGAUAAAAUUCAUCUCGCCUAUGCAGAAUAUUUUCAAAGGCCGCCAACUUUUCUUUCCUAGUCUUCCUUAAAGUCAGUUCUGCCUCCUGAGGUUAGAAGUUGUUUUGAAGUCGAACCUCGCUCUCUGAAGUUAAAAAGGCUUUUUUUCGAAGUUAAGUUGGUCAAUCGCUAACCCUAAACAAAUUGAGAAUACUCCAAAAUCACUCGUGCUCAUAUCUAUUUUUUCAAUCCCAGAAGCCUGAAGCGAAAAAUGAGAAGCCGGAAGAAGAUUUGGACGAUUCGAAGACGGUUGAGACGCCACGUGGUCGCGGAAGGCCUCCGCGAACCCUUUCCAAGCUCUCAAUGACCCCAGUUGUCGCAGCGAAGCAAGAAGUCGAAAAAACCCCCGAACCUCAGACGGUCGCCGGCGGCAAGGCCAAGAAGAACGUCUCGAUCGAAAUCAAGGAAUCUCCGGAGACGUGAGCUUCUGAGAAAGAAAAAUGAAUAUAGAAAUUGGUUUUUCAGCACUCAAAAACGCUCGAAACGUCCUUCCAACAGCCUUCCUCCACCCGCAGUUCCAUCGGCUGGCGGAAAGAGUAGAAGAUCCCGUGGCCCGACGCCCGUCGUCAAAGAAGAGGAGGAAGACAUCAAGAACGUCGAACUCGAGAAGACGUCAAGCAGGGGCAAGUCUGUGGCAAAGUCCGAGGCGUCGACGGUUUCCGUCGCGGCGACGCCAGUCCCGCCGCCGAGCAGCGAGCCCCGAACCGUCGAAGUCCAGACCAACAUCACUAUUCGCAGCAAUCAUACCUUCUCUCCGCCCAGCGGUCGAAGGUCCGCGGGGACUCCGUCGGUGGUGAGUUUGGGGAUAGUGAACGAAAAUUUUUGAGGUGUUUGAAUAAUAGUAAACUCUUUAAGACAUUUGUCUUGAAGCCCUGAAACACUGGCCUUUCUCGAUUAUAUUUCAUUUCCUACCGGCCUCAAUUUCCCUUUUUGGCAAGUACUUUCACAGAAGUGGAAAAGUUAUCCGUCAAGCUAAUCGAGAAUAGAUUAUGAACCCUCCAACCGCAACGCAACCGCUCGCGCUUCUAGUCAUUCCAAAUGCGACUAUCAGUUUCCAAGUUAUUGCCAAUUGAUAGCGCUUCUUGACUAUAUAGUUCAUUCACUACCGGCAUAAUUCUCGAGACAUUUUCUGGAAAAUACUGUGACCAAAAGUUUGGUUCUAACGUUUUUCCUCAAGCUAGUUGUCAAUAGAGUAUGAACCAACCAACCGCAACGCAACCGCUUGCGCUUCUAACCAUUCCAAGUGCGACCGUCAAUUUUCAAGUUGGACGGCGUUUUUUUUUAACAUAGUUCAUUCGAACUACUGCCCCAAUUCUCAAAGGCAGGUUUUCGGCGAAUACUGUGACAGAAAGGGAGGUUUCGACGUUUUUCCUCGAGUUAGUUGUGAAUGGAGUUUGAACCCUUUAACCGCUCGCUCGCGCUUUUAGCCAUUCUAAAUGCGACCAUCAGUUUCCGAGUAGUUGCCAAUUACCGUCACUUCUUUACUGUAGCUCAUCCACCAUCAAAGCCGAUUGCGAAUAGAUUUUGAACCCUCUAACUGCCACGCAACCGCUCGCGCUUCCAGCCAUUCCAAACGCGACCAUUCGUUUCUAAGUAGUCGCCAACUGAGUACUGUUAUUGAGUAACCCUCUUUUUUCUGCCAUUUCUUCCUGAGCCAAGUUUUCUAGGCUCUCCGGAAGAGCUCCCGCCGCUCGGAGACUCGUGCUUCGAUGGCUCCUCCCCCAACUCCGCCCUCCUCCAGCUCCAGUUCCACUCACAACACGAUAGCUUGCCAAACUGGACGUGUGGAGUUUGAUCGGGAUGAUACGGUUCGAAAAACAUAAUCUAAAAGCUCUAAAAAGUCCUAUAUAGGUGAUUGUGAACUAUGAAAGUCAGCCGAAACUGGUCGCACCUGUCGUGGAGCUCGAGAAACGAGGCAAAGCCAAGAAGGACGACAGAGACAGGAACAACGAUAGUGACAUGGUUUUCGAUUCUUUUCGUGCUGAAUAAUUUUCGGAUUUUUCAAGCUCAGCGAAGAUUUCGAAGAGGAGGAAGAAUCGAACCGACGCUUGAAGUCGGAUGGAAAAAGAGACAUAACUCUGGUCAUCGAGACCGACGCGGCUACCGGCCAGGGUACGGUAGUUUUUGUAUUUUUUGGUAUUUAGGUGUAAAUUAAUGGUUAUUGUAGAUUUUUUUUUUCUUGUUUUUUUAGAUAUAUAUACAGUUUUCUUUUUCAAAAAUCAUUAUUUCCAGCUAUACUUGCGAAUAACAAGACCUACAAAUUGAUGGACACGGCCUCGAGCAAUGCUGGCGAGUCACCGAGUAAGAGGACUCGGAAGGAUGAGAAGCAGAAAGAGGAAAUGACCAACCUCAAGGUAAAAGAACCUCAGAAUGGCGUUAGAACUUUCAAGUGAUCAUUAGAAAUGCUCAUAAACCGGUCAGAACUCUUAAGGUAUCGCUAAAAGAGCUCAUAACUCUGGAGUGAUCACUAGAAGUGAAAAAGGAGCCAGAACUCUUAAAGGGAGACUAGAAAAACGCCAGAACUCUUAAGGGAUCACUAGAAAUGCUUUCAUUGGCGUAAGAAGUCUUAAGAGAUGACUAGAAAGGCUCAUAACUCUAGAGUGAUAAAUAGAAGUGAGAAAGGAGCCAGAACUCUCAAGGGGUCACUAGAAUUGCUCAAAAAAGUCUAGGGUGGGUUAUUGAUAGAAGCAAAAAAAAAUUUACAGUACCAGUUCAACAACAUGUGCAGAGCGUUGACUGAACACAAGCACUCGGGAAUAUUUUCCCAUCCGGUACAGGAGAAAGACGCGCCCGGCUACACAUCCGCCAUUCAUAGGUAUUUUAUAACUCAUAUUCAAAAAAAAAGUAAUAUUGUUCAGAAGAAUGGACUUGCAAACACUCCGACGCGAAGUAGAGGGCAAUAUCAUCACGUCGCGGACCCAGUUCCUUAUCAAGUUGGUAGUUUAUUGGGAUUUUCAAGAGGUCACUUAAGGGUGAAGCUUCUGAGAGGCCUCUUGAACAAUAGUUUUUGAAAAAAAAAAUUCAAGCAUAAUUUCUGAUCCCCAAAGUCACUCAGAUGCUUUUAAAAGUUCAAUUUUCAUGAAACUGAAGUGGUCACUUGAGGAGAGAGUUGAGAGGCCACUUGAAUGAUAACAUUUGAAAAAUUUCACUUACCAGCUCUUUCUGGAAAAAAUUUUGUGUCACAUGUCAUUGAGUUAUUUGAUUUUCACCUCUUAAGUUGUCACUCAGGUGCUUUGCAAGUGAAUCUCAAGAGACCACUGAAGGUAAAUCAAAGAAUCCAAGACGGAAAGUUGACUCUGAAGGGGUAUUUCACAUAAGAAUGAACCCCAGAUUUUUCUCAAAACUUAAAUAUAGACUUCAUAUCCGAAUAGUUUCCUUCCCCGCCUUCAUUUUCACCUUGAAGGACGUACACGAUGUUCGCGAACGCGGUGAUGUUCAACAGCACGGGCCACGACGUGAACACGUACGCCAAGACGAUGGUGCAGGACGUCAUGCCGGAGAUCAACGGCAUGGUGAGUUUUCCACGGUGUUCCUUCCCUCCUUGUGAUGUUGUUGGAUUGUUUCGGCAUGAUCUCUGCACUUUUGGGCUUCGAAUCAAGUUGGUUGGGUGGAAGUUAUAGGGAUCAUCAUCAUCAUCAUUUGGUGGUAUGAAAAAAACACCGGCGAAAAUUCAAACGGCGACUUUUCCGAUUUUUUCAUAUCGCUAGGGAACUUUCCGACGGCCACCUUUCCGACGAAACUUUUUCCGACUUUUUUUUCUCGAUAAACUCUUCGUUUUACAUCUUCCUAUAUAAAAUAGGUAGUUUGUUCAUAAUUAAAACACAAAGAAAUAGGAAAAAAAUGUUCAUAGAUGUUUUAUAAACCGAAAAGCAUAAGGGAAAAAAGUCGGAAAAAGUUUCGUCGGAAAGGUGGCCGUCGGAAAGUUCCCUAGCGAAAGGAAAAAAUCGGAAAAGUCGCCGUUUGAAUUUUCGCCGGUGUUUUUUUCAUACCACCCAUCAUUUAUUCAAUACGAAUAAUUUUAACACCUUCCUGAUUUAAAGUUCUGAAGAUUUGCACUUUCAAGAAGGGUGUUGGAAAAGAUCGAGUUGAUUUUACUCAUUAUUGAAAGAAUGUGAGAACUUCUAGUUAAAGGCCAUGGGAGUUAUUAACUCCAUUUCGGGAGAUCAUGAUUAGAAGCUUUGAAAAGUUCGUUCUUUCAAGGAGGAUUUUGAAAAAUUGUGGAGGACUUUUUUUCAUCAAUGAAACAGUUCGCUAAAAAUACAGGUCUUAGAAAACAAACUUUUUCUAUAUUCUUUCUCAAAUUUUUUCUCAAUGUUUUUUGAUGGCAAGGGACUACUGGGGCAUCUUCCAGGAAACUCUUCGUUUUCCGAAAUUUAUUGCAAAAUCACUUCAAACACCUUAAUAUGGGAAAUUGGAAAAGGCUUCAAAGUACUCUAUCAAAUUUUCCAUUAAGAUGUCAAUUCACCAUUUAUCUUUUUUUUGGGGAUAAUUUGGAAAGCGAAGGUUCCAAAUUGCUAUGAGCAGAUGUCCUAUAUUGGUUAGAUUUUUUGGAAAAAAAAAGAAAAGGUUUUAAUAAACAGCAGAAAGUUAUGUUUCUCAGAAAGCCGUCUUUUUUUUCACGAGAAGAAGAAGUCCUCGUCUGUUUUAAUUUUAUUUAUGGUUCACGUUCAAAAAUUCUAUUUUCAAUGCACUUAACAUUACUAGCACGAUAUAUUCUGUUCAAAAAUGAUUUCUGUGACUCGAAAAGGAGCAUCGACUGAUUUCCCGAAACGUCUUGAGGCGAAGAGUCGCUUUCAGGUCACUCCCCCUCUAAAUAUUGACGGUUUUUAACUUCAUACAAGAAACCACUACAACGCUCACUUCCGUUUCAUUUUCUGUAUUCCACUUCAGAUUCUCACCAGCACCGUAUCCUAAUCGAAAACCCUUUUUUUGUUUGUUCGUCUCCUUUUUGUGUCCUUUUGUGCUCCUCCCACUAUUCUCUAUCAAUUUUCAGUGUUUGUUUAAACCGCCGGCGAUUUUGCAGAGCUCCGAUGAACGCCGGCCGGGCCACAGCCGCAGGAGCAAGAUCAACGAAGAGGUUUGGAAGAUUUCAGAAAAUUUUCUCGAAAAACUCAAAUGUGGGAUCGAUAAUAAAAAUGAAUCUCGACAGCUGCGGAAUGUGGUGCGCGAGAGAGCCGUCGAACCUCUGCCCAUCGUCAACCUGGGCGAACCCGGAGAGUUCCGGACGAUGUACGGCCGGAGGGACUCCAAAAACCGCAGAAGGGUCGCCUACGUCCCUGAGUCUACGACUAAUUGA